AUGGGCGUUUCGCGCGGUGCCCCCGAAAACCCGGGAUCCGCGAAGUCUUCAGGCUCCCGAGGGGCCCCGGUCAUUCAGCUUCGAAGGGGUCCCCGAGCUCCUGCCCGGGAAACCGGCGCACACUUCGCCGCGAAUUGCAAGUUCACACCGGUCCCGGAUGGAGUACCGGGCCCGGGACCGCGAGGCGAGGGACUGAUGCCCAGUUGA